AUGGACAACUCCGGCCGCCGCGCUUUCGACGUGAUAGUCAUCGGCGCCGGCGUCAUGGGCAGCUCCACCGCUUACCAGACGUCCGCGCGCGGUCUCACCACCCUCCUCCUCGAGCAGUUCGACUUCCUCCACCACCGCGGCUCCUCCCACGGCGAGUCCCGCACCAUACGCGCCACAUACCCUGAGGACUACUACCCGCCCAUGGUGCUGGAGUCGGCGCGCCUCUGGGAGCAAGCCGAGGCCCAAAUCGGGUACAAAGUCUACUUCAAGACCAGGCAGCUGGAUAUGGGGCCGUCGGACAACACAUCCCUGCUCGCCGCCGUCAACAGCUGCCGAAAAUGUUCUAUUCCGGUCAGGAUCCUCAGCUCCCGCGAGGUGCUCGAGGAGUUCUCCGGCGUCUUCAGGAUUCCGGCAGACUGGAUCGGCGUCGUCACUGAGCUCGGCGGCGUUAUCAAGCCGACCAAGGCGGUGUCCAUGUUCCAGGCGCUCUGCGCUCGAAACGGCGCCGUUUUGAAGGACAACGCUCAGGUGGUAGACGUGAAGAGGGACGAGGGGACUAAGGAGAUCGUCGUUUUCACGGGGAAUGGGGAGGAGUACCGGUGCCGGAAAUGCGUGUUUACGGCCGGCGCGUGGGCGGGGAAAUUGGUGGAGAAGGUUAGGGGUUUGGUCCUCCCGAUUCAGCCGCUGGAGACGUCUGUUCAUUACUGGAGGAUCCGCGAGGGGCACGAGGGUAAAUUCACCAUCGAGGCCGGGUUCCCGACGUUCGCGAGCUACGGCGAGCCCUACGUGUACGGGACGCCGUCGCUGGAGUUCCCGGGACUGAUCAAGGUGCCGGUCCACGCGGGGAGAGCCUGCGAACCGGAGGACCGGUCCUGGGGGACGUCGGCAGCGCUGGUGGAGGCGGCGCGAGGGUGGAUCGGGGGUCAAUUUGGGGAUCUGGUGGAUGGGGAUGGGCCUGUGAUGACGCAAUCGUGCAUGUACUCGAUGACGCCGGACGAGGACUUCGUGAUCGAUUUCCUGGGCGGCGAGUUCGGGGAGGACGCGGUGGUUUGCGGCGGGUUCUCCGGGCACGGGUUCAAGCUGGCGCCGGUGGUGGGGCGGAUCGUGACGGAGAUGGUGGCGGAUGGGAGUGUGGAGGGCGUGGAUCUGACGCGCUUUAGGUUGGGGAGAUUUGACGGGGGUCGUAAAGGAAAUGCCAAGGAGUUUGAGGAUCAAGUCAAAUUGCAUUAA